CACGUUCCCGCUUAGGUGUCUAUCCUCUUCCUAUGGCUCAUUUAAAUGACAGCGACCUAUGGUCGCAUUCGCUCCAGAUGACCAGCGAGCGCGAGCUUCCAUCCAAAGAAGGGAUGGAAUAUCUUCUCGGUCUAUACUUUCAGUACAUGUAUCCCUUCGCACCCAUGUUCAUCCGCAAGACAUUUAUGGAGGCCCAUCGCCAGAACCGGCCGGAUCUCUCCCAAAUCCUGAUCUUGAACGCAAUCUUCUGUAAUGCAUGCUGGUACUCGGAUGACCCUGUGGUGGCACAGGAGUCGACAAAAUAUUUCAACCGGGCAAAGAUCAUCCUGGA